GUCCUGCGCACUGUCCGCCUUCAUGAGCUGUACUGGAGACAGAUAGCAGAGCCCGCUGCAGACACCGAGCGCGCCCGCAUACCGAGCCCCGUCCGCUCGCGUCUUUUUAGAGGGGGUCGUUAAGGAAUUAAUGAGCCAAAAAGGCACCCAACUUCUCCUCUAAGGCUCAUUUCGGCGUUUUUCGGUACAUGCUUUACACCUGGACUGCCUUUCCGUGGAGAGAUCUCGCACCUUCCCUUUUGUCGUAUUCACUCCAUUCGAGGAUACCUGUACCCCUACUGAUGGAACAGGGUCACUCCAACGUUCUCCUGCAGCCGCCCAGCACCACCUAACAUUUCCUGGAAGAACGCGUCCAUUGCCUGCUCCCAACAAACAUGGACUGUUUUCCCAUGCUUUAUUUUCUGUCGAGACAUCAUGAUUCCUGGUAAUCGAAUGCUGAUGGUCAUUUUAAUAUGCCAAGUCCUGCUGGGAGAGAGCAACCAUGCUAGUCUGAUACCUGAAGAAGGGAAAAAGAAAGUGCCGGGCCUGCAGGGUCGUUCGGCCGCUCAGAGCCAUGAACUGCUGCGGGACUUUGAGGCCACACUACUGCACAUGUUCGGCCUCCAGAGGCGGCCGCGGCCCAGCCGCUCUGCCACCGUGCCCCGCUACCUGCUGGACCUCUACCGGCUACAGUCGGGCGAGGCUGAAGAGGCCGGAGCACAUGACAUCGCCUUUGAGUACCCCGAGAGGUCGGCUAGCCGAGCCAACACUGUGAGGGGCUUCCACCAUGAAGAACACAUGGAGAGGGUGCACGAGGGCAAGCCGAGAGACGGCGAGACCGCGCCCCUUCGCUUCCUGUUCAACCUCAGCAGCAUCCCGGAGGACGAGCUGCUGUCUUCGGCUGAGCUGCGGCUCUACCGCCAUCAGAUUGACGAGCUCGCCACCAGUGCUGUCUCGGGUGAUCAGGGGCUUCACCGGAUAAACGUGUAUGAGGUGCUGAAGCCCCCGCGGGCCGGGCAGCUGAUCACGCGACUCUUGGACACCCGGCUCGUGCACCACAACACGUCACGCUGGGAGAGCUUCGACGUCAGCCCGGCCGUGCUGCGCUGGACUCGCGAGCGCCUCCCCAAUCACGGGUUGGCCGUGGAGGUUCUGCACCUCAACCAGACGCCGCGCCACCAAGGCCGACACGUCCGCGUCAGCCGUUCGCUACACCAGGAGCCCGGCGAGGACUGGGAGCAGCUACGCCCCCUCCUGGUUACCUUCGGCCAUGACGGGAAGGGUCACCCGCUGACCCGCCGGGCCAAGCGCAGCCCCAAGCAGCGGGGCCGUAAGCGCAACCGCAACUGCCGGCGCCACGCGCUAUACGUGGACUUCAGCGAUGUAGGGUGGAAUGACUGGAUAGUGGCGCCCCCUGGUUAUCAGGCCUAUUACUGCCACGGGGAGUGCCCUUUCCCUCUGGCAGACCACCUAAACUCAACCAACCAUGCCAUCGUUCAGACACUGGUGAAUUCUGUGAACACCAACAUUCCCAAGGCCUGCUGCGUGCCAACAGAGCUCAGCGCCAUCUCCAUGCUCUAUCUAGACGAACACGACAAGGUGGUCCUAAAAAACUACCAGGAAAUGGUAGUGGAGGGAUGCGGCUGCCGCUAACAUGCAAACUAACUAGAACUUGGACUGGGCGACUUGAAACAAGCAACACGGACGCUAAAAGAAAUCAGAAGGUCUUUACUUCCAAAAAUGUUCACUUGGACCCUUAUUUAUAACUUUUAUGUUGAGGUGUAUGUUUGUCUCACUUUUUUUUGUUUCCUUGACAAUAUGAUCAUAUAUUUUGACAAAAUAUAUAUAUUUAUAUCUACAUAUUAAAAAUAAAAGUGAGUCCUUAUUUUAAACAUAAAUAAAAAGCUGUACAACUUUUCAUAAUGUAUAUUAGAUUGUAUAAGUUUUUUAAUGAGAAAAUAGUAAAAAAAAAAAAUCUAAAAAGUAAAGUUUAUUUACUGGUAAUAUUUAUUGCUUUCAUAUUAUAUACAUUUUGAAGAAAAAUAAAAACAUGAAUUGCCUUCCAAUAAUACAUUCGAGCAGAUCACAAGAUGCACUAUUUGUGUACUUGCGUAAAUUAGAGCACUGCGUGAAUUUGUCACAACACAGAAUUUUUUUUUCAUGAAUCAGUUGGAAUAAUCAGAGAUGUACAAUGACUUUAAUUAACCUCUUUACAUUGAUCUUAAACUAAUGAUUUUAUUAGGUACGCCCCUUGAAACAAAAAUCAAUUUUGCAUUCAUGUGAAAUCUAUCUGUAAAAACUAUCAAGGUAACAGGGGUUGUAAAAAAUGAAAAGUUGACAGCAAAGUUCUAUUACUGUUUAACAUGAAUUUGGAUUUAAACUCUUAAGUCUGAUACUUAAUACUUGAUACUUGGCCUUAUAAAUGUGUUCAAAUCAUUUUUUUUUUUUUUUUAGCUAAAAGAGAAAAUAAGCAGAGAAAUCUUUCUGAUGCUCUGUUUCUCCCAAAUAAAAGAAUGUUUGGUUUAUUAUCUGGCAUCUCACCAGCUUUG